UCAUAGCCAGACUCAUACAUGUCGCUGCAUCUUUCACACAAAAGAUAAAUGAACUAAAGGGAUGGAAAAGUUUCAGUGAAACUCCAAGCAUCCAAGAACUCACACGAGCCAGAAUAGUUAUCAUUCAAGCUGUCCAACAAGAGGCUUACAAGGAGACAUUCAGAAACCUUACAGAAGGAAAAGGGACAAACACAAAACUGGACAUCCUCAAAAAGCUCAACCCUGUAGUGGACAAAGACAACCUCUUACGAGUUGGUGGACGUCUCUCUUCUGCCGACCUCUCAGAGAACGAAAAGCACCCUCUGAUUAUCCCAUCUAGCAGCCACAUCACCACACUGCUAGUAAGACACCUCCAUGAACAAGUGGCUCAUCAAGGAAGACACAUAACUGAAGGAGCUAUCCGUGGUGCUGGAUACUGGAUAGUUGGGGGUAAGCGCCUCAUAUCUUCUGUCAUUCAUAAGUGCGUGACAUGUCGCAAAUUGCGAGGCAAAAUGCAGGACCAAAAAAUGGCGGACUUACCCAAGGACCGAGUCACUCCUGAACCACCGUUCACUACAGUAGGUCUAGAUGUGUUUGGGCCAUGGACAAUCGUAACACGCCGUACUAGAGGUGGUUGUGCCGAGAACAAACGCUGGGCUGUCUUAUUCACCUGCAUGUCUACCAGGGCUGUACAUAUUGAACUGAUCGAGAGUAUGUCUACUGAUAGUUUUGUCAAUGCAUUAAGAAGGUUCUUCUCUAUUCGUGGCCCAGCCAAGCUUCUGCGAUCGGACAGAGGCACAAAUUUUGUAGGAGCUUGUAAGGAACUGGGCUUAGACCAAGAAAACACAGCCGUAGGUAGGUACCUGGAAGAGAGAGGAUGCAUUUGGACAUUUAACCCUCCUCACGCGUCUCACAUGGGAGGCUCGUGGGAGCUUCUCAUAGGGGUCGCCAGGCGCAUUCUAGAUGCGAUGUUGUCCCGAACUGAACAAAUGCGGCUGACUCAUGAAGUCCUAUCCACGUUUAUGGCCGAGGUGAUGGCAAUUAUGAAUGCAAGGCCUCUUGUCCCCAUAUCCACAGACCCUGACAGUCCUACAGUACUCACCCCAGCAAUGUUACUAACACAAAAGGUGAGUGCUGUUUCUGCUCCAUCUGGAAACUUCUCUUCGGGGCAGUUGUUUGGAAAACAGUGGAAACAUGUCCAACACCUUGCAGAUACCUUUUGGAAAAGGUGGAAAAGGGAAUAUUUGUGUACCUUACAAGGCCGCGCAAAAUGGACUGCAACUAAACCUAAUGUCAAAGAAGGAGAUGUUGUUCUGCUGAAGGACUCACGGGUCAGCAGAAAUGAAUGGCCACUGGGAUUAAUAAUAAAAACAUUUCCCAGCAGUGACAAGAAUGUCCGCAAAGUGGAAGUGCGGAUUAUACAGGAUGGGACUGUUAAAGUAUUCCUCAGACCGGUUUCAGAGAUUAUUGUUUUACUUUCAGAGACUGAGUGAAUAUUCUUUGAUGCUAAAUAACUGAAUGUGUUUAAAAAAGGUUGUAUUGGUGUUUGUAGUGAUACAAUGUCAUUAUAUCAAGCGGGGAGUGUGAUGCCUUUAGGUCAAAAACUGUAAUCAGCUCAUAUUGUGAAUAAUUUACAUAAAAAAGGAGUUCAUAGUUAAUAAAUAGUAAAUGUAAUUUCAUGCUAAAAGCAGUUAAAAUGUUCGGGGUUUUGAAAUCUAAUCAGUGUGAGACAUCUGUAACACAAUGAUCUUUGUCAUAUUGUAUGCGUAACUACGUGAGCGAGUGAGCGCUCUUACCAUUGAACAAUCUUUGAAACAGCUCUUUCUCCGGUAAUGUUGGGAAGUGCUUUGGCAUUAACAAGUGAGGGAACGGCUCAUAAAUACGCUAAAUGUACGCUUACACGCUCGUGCCUUGGGAAACCUUCGUCUUUUUACAAAAACCACAAGCAAUAUAAAAGUACAUAAAAGAUCUUCAAUGAGAUCAAGAAAAGCAAGCCUUGUGUGGAGAGCCUUUUUUACUUUUUAUGCUUUGUUCGCUGGCUGUCUAGCUUCACAUAGCCACGUGUUGUGAGGACA